AAGAAGAAGAAGUCAAACAAACAUGGCGGCCUCCAUAGUGUGCGGGAGGACAUCGAUGUUCUUCAGGUCUUUAAAUGGAAUAUCGUGCUCAAAAACGCUCCUUUCUGCAAACUCACAGACUCUGUUGCUGCAGACAGCUUCUUAUAACCCCAAACCUCUGAGACUGAAAAUCCGCGAGCUUUACAUUCCCGAUAAAAGCAGCGAAAAGACUCCAGAUUGGCAGAAAACGCCUCGGUAUGACCGGAAGCUGUUCGGUCGCUACGGGUCCGCUUCAGGGAUCGAACCAGCGUCUCUGUGGCCGAACCACGAGCAGCUGGAGCGGAUCAUCGAGGAUGAGAACCAGUGGCACCCUCCGUUAGAGGUGAAGCUGAAGAACCUGCAGGAGAAGGAGCGGCAGGACACCGAGAAACGGCUGGCGAAGGAGAACCUCAUCGCAGCCAACAUGGCCAAGAUGCCCAAGAUGAUCGCUGACUGGCGCAAAGAGAAACGUCAGACGAAGACGAAGAUGAAUGAGGAGAAAACUCGGCGCGCUAAGCUUCUGGCCGAGGCCCGCGAGAGUCUGGGUCAAACUCUGGACCCCCGGAACCACAAGUUCCUGGAGAUGGUUGAAGAGCUAGAGAAGGAGGAGAAGAAGAAGCAGAAGCUGAUGAAGAAGAAGCAGAAGCACGAGCAGGUGGCGGUUCCUCCUCCUGCGGCCGCUCCGUAGUUUGGAGUCGGGCUGAAGUUUAGAGACUAAUGAGACGGAGCGUGGGCUUCAGCGGGACGUCAAAGAGAGACCGAUGGUUCCUGCAAAACACACAAACAUCCCUUUCCCUUUAACCUCUUUCUGCGUUUGAAAUAAAUACAUUUCUUUCCGG